GAAAGUGUGAAACGAGAAAUGUUGACAGUGUCGCAGUUUCGUCCUUUAGGAUGUCCUUCGUGAAACGUUGCGAUUUAAAAUAAAUUUAAAAUAAAACGAUCAUUACGCGGACGUAUAUAAGUAACGAUAAAAUUGUAAAGUUGUUUCGUAAUAGCGUCAGAAUUUGCAGAUAACGAUAUCUUAAUAAGAAAAUAUGCGAAUAUCAGUGUCGCUAUAUUGACAGGUUAUAUCCGCGAAUAAAUGUGUGUCUCAAUCGCAGAAUAGAAUUCGUGAAGGGAAAAAAAAGAAUAUGUCGAGAAAGUGGUUAUCAAAUUUCGCAUUGGCCGGUACCAUCAGAUUGCUGUUAAUGAACUCUGAAUAUCAAAAGACCAUCGGCAAUCGCGUCGAAGUGUCAACCGCCCUAAACUCUUGGAAGAGAGUGACUGAGGGAGUUUACUUAUAUGAAUUCGGCAUAGAUCCUUAUGAAGGAGACUUGUUUCAUGAAACCCCAAUAGGCUUAUAUGUUUUUAAGCUUAUACAGAAGUAUUUACCUCAAUGGGCAUUAUUUCUGCUGUUUGUUGUUACCGAUUUGACAACUGCUCUGUGCCUCGCUUUUACUGCAAAGCGUUAUGCUAUUGAACUGGCUACAAAAAGGAAAGAAGGGAAGGAAGAUAAUAGGAAGUCUAGUGAUACCCCUGACACAUCUGCUCUAUAUGUUUCCGCGGGAUAUCUGUUCAAUCCUUAUAUAAUAUUGAACUGUGUCGGCCUAACAACGACAGUUUUUACAAAUCUGCUUUAUUCAAUCGCGCUGGUAUCAAUGAUGAGACGUUCCAUAUUCUGGAGUUGCAUGUCUAUAGCGUUGCUGACAUUGCAAGGACUCUAUCCUGUGUCGCUCAUGGUACCUGCAACUAUCCACAUCGCCAGUGCAGCAAAAAAUAGAAGAACCAAUUAUUUUUACAUUGUGACAAUGAUAAUCAUAUUUACGAGUGUUUUAACCGCUCUAUUCAUCAUUUCCUAUAAUAUCAUGGGUAGCUGGUCGUUUCUACGAAAUACGCUCGGCUUCAUACUGACAGUUCCUGACUUACGUCCGAAUAUCGGACUGUACUGGUAUUUCUUUACAGAGAUGUUCGAGCAUUUUAGGUGGCUCUUCAUUGCAUCCUUUCAAAUAAACGUCAGUUUAUUAUACAUAGUCCCUUUAGCAUUGCGAUUACGACGCGAUCCAAUGUUAUUGGCGUUCUCCUAUUUAGCGAUAGCUGCCAUAUUUAAAUCCUAUCCAUGCAUCGGAGACGUCGGCUUUUAUAUAUCUCUACUACCAUUGUGGAAGCAUUUGUUUCAACAUAUGCAACAGGGAUUUAUUGUAGGCUGUUUUCUACUAUUUUGCACAGUAUUUGCGCCAACUGUGUGGCAUCAAUGGAUAUAUUCCAGAUCGGCGAACGCAAAUUUUUAUUUUGGGGUAACACUAGCGUUUGCCAUAGCACAGAUCUUCCUUCUUACAGAUAUCUUGUUCGCUAGCGUAAAACACGAAUUCGCAGUUAAACAUGGUAUCAAUAAAAAAGUUAAUGGAAAUGAAGCUAAAUUGCUGCUUGAAUAAGAAUAAGGUACUUUUUCAAAUAUAUGCAAUACUUUGUCAAUGAACAAUGACACAGUAUUUCUGGAGCAUUUAUUUCAUAAAAAUAAAUAGUUUUUUACAAAAAGUGUUGUUAUUAAAGCAGAUCGAUAUACGCUAAUUUAUCUUAAGACAAUAGUAUCAUUAUAAAAUCUUGCUCUCACAAAGCACGUAUUUGGAUGAUUAGACAAUUCGUGACCUUAGUUGACAAGCAUGUUGUUUAUAAUACAAAAAUUAAUAUAAAAAGAUUUAAUUCUACA